AUGGACCCCCCACCAUCCUUUUCGGAUACCAACCCUCGUCCGCCCCCUGGUCCUCCAGUGCUGGGGCGAAGCUGGACUGGAACAAUAGCGGAUUGGGUAGACAAUCAUUUUCCGGGCCGCAAUCGCUCACCCACCCCAUACUACCACCUCCCCUCGCCUCCUCUUACUGAAUGGCCGGUAGAAACUCCGUGGUCGGCGGCACCCCACACCCUCCAGACAGAGUUCCCUUCUAGUCCGUUGCCUGCGCGACCUGUAACGCCUGAUUCCUCUCCUCAAAUACCUAAGAAGGAACGAGCACGACAGCCAAAGCCCCGCGGGAUCGCGUCACCCUCAUCCAGGAAGGCUCCCAGGACUCCCAGAUCGGGCGGAAAACCAUCUUCUGCACGGAAAGGUAGCCAGCCACAAAAUCCAACAUUAGCCGGUCCGUCGGCGCCGAGGCGGAGGGCCGUGACGAUGCCCUCUUCAGCAGAGACCCGCCAACUGAUGUCUCGACCUCUCAUUCCGCAGUUGAGGCCUGGACAACAGUGCAAGUCUGCGCGCCUCAAAGAGAAAGCGGCGCGUCUUCCGUCAGCCACUCAAGAAGCCGUAUCUCCGACAAAAAAGAGCAAGGGUAGGAAACACUAG